AUGUCAUCAAUCCUGUUGCAAAAUGCGACAAUUCUGGUCCCCUCCGGCGACCAGAAUGACUACGUCGUUCCGCUCCACAACCACUCGCUGCUCAUCGAAGGAGCCAAGAUCUCGCAGAUCGCACCUCAGAUAAGCCCGCCUGUCGAAUCCACCCAAGUUAUCGACUGCACCGGGAAGAUCAUCUCGCCUGGGUUUAUCGAUACACAUCACCACCUCUGGCAGACCCAGCUCAAGGGACGUCAUGCAGACCAUACCUUGAUCGAGUACAUGCCCACGGGAAACCUGCAACAGGUCAACUUCACACCAGAAGAUAUCUUCUGGGGAGAGCUGGGAGGCUGUCUCGAGGCCUUAGAUGCAGGAACUACCACCGUGGUGGACCAUGCUCACAUGAAUGUCUCCCCCGCUCAUUCCGUAAAUGGAAUAGCAGCGACAGCUUCCUCAGGCAUCCGAUCUAUCUUCUGCUACACACCCACCUCGACGGUCAAGAAGUGGAAGCCAGAAAUUGAGAUGAACACCAGCCUGCUCGAUGAAUGGGUCCUCCAACAACUCGAGGAGCUGGCCGCAGCGGCGCCGUUUGGCGACGGGCGCGUCCAGCUGGGUCUGGCUUUUGACGGGUUCAUGCUGCCGAAGGAGAUGGUCGUCGCGUUGUACGAUCGUGCCCGUAAAGCGGGAGUGAAGGUGAUCACCACCCACUAUGUGCGUGGAUAUUUCAGCGACGGAUCCCUGGUCGACCUCCUCGAGGCCUACGGCCUCCUGGGCCCCGACAUUCUUCUCUCGCACGGCAAUAACCUCUCGGCCACCGACAUCGAGAAACUCUCUGCUGCGAAAGCAUGGAUCUCCGCCACCCCCGACACCGAACUGCAAAUGGGCCACGGGAACCCCGUCUGCUUCCAGGAUGGCUGCACGAGCAUCACUGCGCUCGGGAUCGACUGCCAUAGUAACAAUUCCGGCGACAUCGUCACCCAGAUGCGCCUGGCGCUGCAGAGUGAGCGCGCCCGCCGGAAUGAGAAGCUUCUUGCGCAGGGGAAGUAUAUGCGGUCAUUGGACGUGUCGGUGCAAGAUGCCUUCCGGCUGGGGACGAUCCAAGGCGCCCGCGCGAUCGGCAUGGCAGAUCAGCUGGGGUCGAUUGAGGUCGGGAAGCUUGCGGAUCUGGUGGUCUUUGACGGCGAGAGCCCGGGGAUGAUCUGCGCUGCGGAGAAGCAUCCGGUCGCGGCUAUUGUAUUGCAUUCGUCUGUGCGCGACGUGGAUACGGUCAUUGUUAACGGCGAGAUUCGCAAGCAAGGCGGUCGGUUGGUGCCGGUGGACAUUGACUCUUCAUUCCCCGAGGUGACGAUCGCAAAACGAAGGGUGGAAUGGAAGGAUGUAGCGAAAGAGUUGCGGGACAGUCAGGAGAGGAUCCAGAAUGUUGCGGUGGAAGCUGGGGCUGUGGGAACUCGAGUGUCCGAGGCUUUGAGUAUCUUCCAUAUGGACUCGAGCAAGUUUGUUUGA